AUGCAGUGUGACAAAGAUAAAUUUUAUGCAAUUAAUCGCUAUUUAUCUUCAAGUUUCCGUCACCUUGGACGGCUGAUUGGACGUCAUCCAUUGUAUUUUGUAAUAAUACCAUUUGUAUUCACUGCUCUAGCCGCUUUGGGUUUAUUUAAGUUACAAGUUGUUAAAGAUACGGAAUAUUUAGUUGUUCCGUCAACAGGAAAAACUUUGAAAGUCAGAACAGAAAUUGAGAAGUUAUUUCCGGAAAAUAAUACAGAUAUUGAUUUUUCACGAAUGAUAGGAUAUUACGGAGCGAAUAUGAUUAUAGCGACGUGUAAAGAUGGAGGAACAAUGAUGCGUGAAUAUAUAUUUGAUGAAUUACAAAUGCUAAACGAAAAGAUUCUCGACAUAAAAAUACAAUGGAAAAGACAAAAUAUAACGUAUUCCGAUAUUUGUAUGAGAUCGGAAGGAGAGUGUUAUGGAAAUAAUAUAUUGUCUUUAAAUAGGAAAUUUGAAGAUGUCGGAAGAAAAAAGCUGAAAAUUAAGUAUCCGAUGGAGAUAAAUUCAUCGCACAUUAAUAUAGACGCUAUCAAUUUAGGAGGGAUUUCAACCGACGAAAACAGUUUUAUAACAGAUUUUCAAGCAGUUCGUUUAUUCUAUUUCGUCGAUUACUAUAAUUCCAACAAACAGGAAAUUGCUGUUAAAUGGGAAGAAGAAUUUCUAAAAACACUUGCUGAAAAUUCCUUCAAUUACAUACGCGUAUCAAAAAUGAGUGGAAUUAGUAUCGAUAAUGAAAUUAAUAAUAUAUUCGUAAAUAUUGUAUGGCAUAUGAUUAUUAGUGGAAUAUGUAUGGCAAUAUUUGCAAGUGUAACUUGUCUGACGAAGGAUUGGGUGACGAGUAAACCACUAAUUGGUGUUUCCGGAUGUAUCUCAUCUUUCUUUGCUGUGGUAACUGCUUUUGGUGUUUUACUGCUGUGCGGCAUCAAAUAUGCCGAAGGAAAUAUAAUUGUUCCGUUUAUAGUUGUAGGUAUCGGACUGGAUGACUCAUUUGUUCUGUUAGCUGCAUGGAGAAAAACCAACCCCAAAGAUUCUGUUGAAAAAAGAAUGAGUGAAACGUAUUCCGAGGCUACCGUAUCGAUUACCAUAACAUCUUUGACGAACGUUGCGUGUUCGUUAAUUGCAUUAACUACUCCGUUCAGAAUUCUGCAUAUAGUUGGAAUUUACAUGGCUUUGAGUAUUUUCAUAGAUUACAUCUAUCAGGUUACAUUCUUCGGCGGACUUCUUGCACUGGAUGGUUAUAGAGAAGCCAAGAACUUGCACGCAAGACUCUUCGUUCCUGUUAAACUGGAUGAACGACCAUCAGGUAAUCUGGGAUUUAUAAAGUACGGCUGUUAUUCAAGCAAAGAUAUUGAAGACAACACAACAAUUACUUGUUACAAAAACCAUCUAGGAAAGAUACUAACGGUUCCAAUUGUAAAAGCAGUUAUUAUUAUUCUUUUUCUCUUGUAUCUGGCCGGAGGAAUCUAUUUUACGAAAUAUAUACAGCCUUCUACAGGUAUCACUAGGUCAUUUAAAGACAAUUCUUAUAUGAUAAACUUCCUCCGUGAUGACUCUACAUUCUAUUCGCAAUAUCGCGAUAGAAUCCAAAUAAUUGUUACCUCGACACUGGAUUACUCCGAUCCAAACAUUCAGAAUAAUCUAGAGAAAUUAACGACAGAACUGGAGAAUUCUCCUCAUAUGGCCGGAAGUAAUUUCACGGAUUCGUGGCUGAGACUAUAUUUGAAAUUCAUUAAAGAUUCACAGCUUUGGAUUUCUCUCAGAGGAUACAAUUUGAGUCGGCCCGAAGACUUCACCGAUGCUUUAUGCAGAGUAUUUCUUGAAUUCAAAUGGGCCAAACGCUUCAACAAGGACAUUGUAUUCAGUGAAGAUGGCACUAAAAUGUUAGCUUCCAGAUUUUUUAUUCAAGCAAAACUGGUUGAUAAUUCGCUGAAAGAAAAUGAAAUUUUUAUCAAUCUCUGGAAUAUAAUAGAUAAAUAUAAUCUUCUGGUAUAUUGCUACAAUUAUCGAUAUAUUUUCUAUGAUUGUAUAUUUGAGGAAGUUCCUACAACAACUCAAUCAAUAGCCGUUAGUUCUAGCGUGGUAAUUUUAAUAUUUAUUAUUUUCAUACCGAAUUUCUUUUGUGCAUUUUGUAUUGCGCUCACAAUAGUUUGUAUCGAAGUAAUAACUAUAGGAUAUAUGUCUGUAUGGGAUGUUACAUUCCAUCCAAUAGUGACAAUUUUUUUAAUAGUGAUUACCGGAUUUUGUACGGAUUAUGCAGCUCAUAUAUCGUACGCGUAUGCGAAGAGUAAAGGAAAGAAUCCGAAUGAAAAACUACAAGAUUGCUUGGAUACUGUUGGUCACGCGAUUGUGCAAGGUUGUCUUUCAUCACUUUUGGGCGUUGCUCCAUUAAUAUUUGCUCCGUAUGAAUUUUUCAAAGAUAUGUUUAAAAUAUUUAUCAUAUUCAUUGUUUCUUCCAUAAUUCAAGGGUUGUGUAUUCUUCCAGUUAUGCUGUCAUUGUGGGACAGUUUCCUCUUAUUAUUAUGUAAAAGUGAUGAGAGGCAGCGUUCUAACAAAAAGUUUUCAGCUCUUCCGAAUACGAAUGAAGAAUUGUUAAAAUAA